AUGAAAUGGGGCAUUGGGUGAAAGUACUCUUGGCUUGGAGGUCUUAUAUCAGAUCAGUCUGCCAACAGCCGUGCAGGAUGUGGAUGGCGAUGCCGCUUGGUUCCUAAUGAUCAGAUCUUUUUGUUGUUCAGACUCCGACGGAGUUUCCUCUUUUUCUUAAAUCAUUCCAUAUUUUACGCAUUAUGCUACCAGGAUCAUAAAGUCAAAGAUAAUUUAGUGUCCGGUGUUUUACAAAAAUCGGGUGGAAAGUCUUUUUUCAAACGAAUGUUGCAGAUAAUAUGGACAUGGUGUUUAGUUGUGUCAGUGGCAGAUUUGACAUUGUCUCUUGAAAAUGGUCUGGCAAGAACACCACCCAUGGGCUGGCUUGCCUGGGAACGAUUCAGAUGUAACACAGAUUGCAAAAAUGAUCCGGACAAUUGUAUUAGUGAUCGGCUCUUUCGAACAAUGGCAGACAUUGUUGUAGCAGAAGGCUAUGCAGAAGUUGGAUACGAAUAUAUCAAUAUUGAUGAUUGUUGGUUGGAAAAAGACAGAAGUGUUAGUGGCCAGCUAAUGCCAGAUAGACAAAGAUUCCCAUAUGGCAUGAAAAGUCUUGCAAAUUAUAUUCAUUCAAAAGGUCUUAAGUUUGGAAUUUAUCAAGAUUUUGGUAAUUACACAUGUGCUGGUUAUCCAGGAAUAUUAGGCUAUUCAGAAACUGAUGCACUUACUUUUGCAUCGUGGGAUGUUGACUAUGUAAAAUUAGAUGGAUGUUACUCCCAUCCUUCAGAAAUGGAUAGAGCCAAACUACACUGCCAUAAGAGACCAUUGUAAUUUAUGGAGAAACUUUGAUGAUAUACAAGAUUCAUGGAAUAGUUUAGAAACCAUCAUAGAUUAUUAUGGCAACAAUCAAGAUGCAAUUGUACCAAAUGCUGGUCCUGGUCAUUGGAAUGACCCCGAUAUGUUGAUUAUUGGAAAUUUUGGGCUAAGCUAUGAGCAAAGCAAAACGCAAAUGGCGUUAUGGGCAAUAUUAGCAGCGCCUCUAUUAAUGUCUGUUGAUUUAAGAACAAUCAGACCUGAGUACAAAGCUAUUUUACAAAAUAGAAAAAUCAUUGCUGUAGACCAAGACCCAUUAGGUAUACAGGGUCGACGAAUUUAUAAACACAAAGGUAUAGAAAUUUGGGCAAGGCCAAUAACUCCCAUUUAUCAAAAUUACUAUUCUUACGCUAUAGCGUUCGUGAAUAGAAGAACGGAUGGUACGCCGUCUGAUGUGUCUGUUACAUUAAAAGAACUUGGAUUACAGUAUCCUGGAGGAUACAAUGUAGAGGAUCUGUAUGAAGAUGUGAAUUACGGUAUUCUAACGCCGCAAACAAAAAUAAAAGUUAAAGUUAAUCCUUCCGGAGUUGUGAUAUUACGGUGCGACUUACAUUUAGAGGAUAUUUUCUCCACGAAUCAAUUUUCGCAAUUUACGCCCUCAAAUCAACUGUUCAAAGUUAGACAAAACUCAUUUAAAUAA